AGGGUUACGACAUCUGAUGCUUCGAAUUGCCAGGGAGGGGGUUUCUGGAUGCGUGGCUUGUUGAGCCAUUGAUUGUCUCCUCGAACCAUCAAGGAAGCCCUUGACAACGCAUACUUCCAUUUCGAAGGUGGUAUGCAGGAGUCUACUGAAUUUGUAUGCUACUCGCACAUUUGAAGGCAAUCGUUUGAGUAAGGUUUCGGAGAGGGUGCGAUGUCUCGGCGAUAUGAUAGUCGGACGACGAUCUUCUCUCCGGAGGGUCGUCUGUACCAGGUGGAGUAUGCCAUGGAGGCAAUCAGCAACGCCGGUGCCGCGAUCGGGGUGUUGGCCAAAGAUGGAGUGGUUCUCGCAGCUGAGAAGCGUGUCACUUCUAAGCUCUUGGCGACGUUGAAAUCUACGGAGAAGAUGUAUAAGAUUGACGACCAUGUUGCAUGUGCUGUUGCGGGUAUCAUGGCGGACGCUAACAUUCUGAUUAACACUGCGCGGCUUUCCGCGCAGAGGUAUACUCUAGCUUACCAGGAGCCCAUGCCGGUGGAGCAGCUGGUUCAGUCGCUGUGCGACACGAAACAGGGGUACACGCAGUUUGGAGGGCUUCGGCCUUUUGGAGUGUCGUUCCUGUUCGCAGGGUAUGAUAAGAAUUUCGGAUUUCAGCUGUAUAUGUCGGAUCCGAGUGGUAACUACGGCGGUUGGAAGGCUGGUGCCAUCGGAGCGAAUAACCAAGCGGCUCAAUCGAUGCUGAAGCAGGACUAUAAGGACGACAUGAGCCGGGAGCAGGCGGUGCAAUUGGCGCUGAAGGUGUUGAGCAAGACGAUGGACAGCACGUCGCUGUCGGCAGAGAAGCUGGAGUUGGCCGAGAUCAGUUUGAGUCCGGAGGGCGUGUUCCAAUACCAGGUUUGCAGCCCGGAAAAUUUGAAUAAGCUGCUGUUGAAGUAUGGCAUCACACAAGCAGCAGAAGAGAGCAAUUAACCAUUGAAUUCAUCCUACAGCAGGUCUGCUUGGACAAAACAGCAUUGAUAGCCUUGAAUCCUGAUCAGUGUUAGAUUUGAUCGUAGGUCUUGCGGAAUUCACAUUUCGAUUAUGCUUGAUGUACAUGAUUGCUCACAACUAGCUUUCGAGGCUCAUUGGACAUAUUUCAGGGUAACGUUUUAUUUUUGUAAAGUGCUACAAGUCAAUUUUCUGUUAAUCCUAGCAAUUCAAUAUCCGCUCCUGCUAGAUUUAAAUCUCGAAA